CGACAAUUCCACUACGAGACGAUCGCCUCCACCAUCCGAACCACAAAAAGGAGAUAUUGGUCUUCCGUUACGAUCACGAAACCGCCGCCAAUAUGGCUGGCAUUCACCAACAAGCGCAGAUGCAGGACGCUGCAGCUUUCGUCGCGCCGCCACCGAAGGAAAAGCACCACCGGCGGUCGCGCUGACUACUACCAACUAGUAGGUUUCUGGGUUUGCGAGUUGUCGAGCCUUCUAGGCCGUCCAACUGUCGUUGAGGCUGGUUUUCUGGUGUGCGUUCAUAGCUAUGGGUUCCUUCUGGUUACUUCUGCCACGGGCACGGACACGUACAGUACUUCCAAAUGUUGUCGAUCCCGCUUUCGCUUAGCUUGCGUGUGCUUGGACAGUGGCUUGAGUGCUCCGGUACAUACCUGUUCACUGGACGAUGUUCGCUUCUUGUAUCAUACAUGUACCAUUAAAGGGCUCCUCCUUCGAUACCUCCGUACCAUACUGUACUAUAUUCGUAGACAAAAGAUCGUGCGAUGA